UAUACUAGUUCCCUGCCCCUUACCCUAUCAUUGUCCUGUAAACCGUUAUUGUUGGUGGGUUAAGUUUCCACCAUGUUCUUUUUUAUGAUAUUCGCGGGUUUUCUAGUUUCCACUGAUGCAGCACUUUUUCUUACACCUCCUACUAAUGCAUGGGCUAAACUGGGUGCAAAGAAUGUAAGCCUGGUGUGUAAAGCCAGCGAAAAGAUAAGAUCCUGUUCAUGGGAAACUCCGUAUGGUAAGACCUAUCCCCUUGAGGCUGGACUCGGUGCAGAGGGAGGUCGUCUUCUCCACUAUGCUGUUGACCCUGCCCUAGAAUGCGGUGUCCUCAUUUCAGAAGUUCAGAAGAACGACGAGGGAAGAUGGCGGUGUAAUGUAGCUGUUGUCGAGAAUAAAGAAGUGAGUUCUGCUCAAGGAAUGGCAAACCUUUCUAUCGCUACUCCACCGGAAGAAGUUACUUUAAACAGUCCAUUUUCUUCUGGAUUCGUCAACAUUUCUGCAGGAACCGUGAGCUCUGUAAAAUGUAUCGCCACCAAAACCCGCCCUUCUCCCGUUUUCACCUGGAAAAUCGGCGGUAUGCCCGUUGCAGGAAAGACGAUGGACGAAGAGCAAUUUGUCGAUACGGCCGGACUCUCAACAUUUAGUCAGACUUUAAAAUACAAGGCGCUGCCUGAACACUCCAACAAAACCCUGAGUUGCUCUAUUUCUCAUCCUGGUCAACUAACUAAUGUGACGAUCAACGUGACUGUUCUAGUAUUAGGGACUGAUUUAGUAAGUGGGGCUGAGGUUAAUGGAUUGCCGAUUGGUGGUAUUGUUGGAAUCGUAAUCGCUGUUGCUGUACUCAUCAUGAUUCUAGUACUCUCCGCUAUUUUCUACAGGGCUAAAUUCUCCAAGAAUAAUACUGAAGAAUCCUCCGAGAAACUGAAGAUAACAGCUGACGACAAAGAGAAUGAAGACGACGCCACUGCCGCCAAACCAAACCAGGUUCUGGAAACAUCAACUGAGGCAACCAAACAGGAAACCUUCCAAUACUUCAAGUUCAUCACAUUAAAUCCAAAGUUUCGAAAAAACAAGAAGAACCUGGAUGAGACUUCGGCUCCUGAAUUUGAAAAGGUUGAGCUCAAUGAUGAAUCUGAGAAGACUGAUAAAGAAAAGGCUGUCGAGAAUGAAGAGGAAAAAGUCCGAAUUAUCCCCAAGGUUCGGUCUUUAAUCAGCAAGCUUAAGAUGGCACCCAGGCCAAAGAAGGAUGACGUUGAGAUGGGGGAAACAGAAUCAAGGGAAGAAGCUAAAGACGAAGUAGAUGAAGAGAUUAUGAAAGAAUUGGAACCGGAGGAUAAAGAAGAAAAGGAGAAAGAUGAAAAGAUGGUUUUCGGAACUCAGACUCCAGUUUAAAUUGUUAAUUUUUGUGUGUGUUGCUGUUUUGACAAAACCCAUUCCAUUAUCAGUUCAUUCCACUUGUACAUAUAGUUUACUAAUGAACAUACAUCCGUAGAUCUCAAUGUACAUACAUUUUUAUGUUAUUUUCUGUAAUUUUCUGAAUAAUUUAAUAUAUUAUGUACUGUA